ACCGCGGCUGGAGGCGAUGUGGAUAAAGUCCUCAGGUUUUCUUUUUAAUUGCCCGAAGCGUUACGCACACUGAGGAGAAAUGUAGAUACAGUUUUAUCUUAUUUCUCUCUUUCUUUCUUUCUUUCUUUCUGUUCCCGGCUCAGUUUCUGCUCACCCUCGAGUGCUUUACAUGCGGACUGUCAUUCAGAAAUACUACAGCCUGCAUUUUGAGUGUUCACGUGUUUGACCUUAACUUAGCCUAUAAAUUUUUUGUUUUUUUCCCCCACACUUACUCUCAUACAUCUCGCUCGGUAAGUUCUAGCCAGCUUUGUAAACUCUGUCAGAGUCAUUUACUACAAGUUGGCGUGUCGGUGACAGAGCCGUCUCUUUAUAUUAUUCUUUGUUUGAAUUACGGGUUAAAUGAUCGAAAUCCUGAAGUAAUUGGAAAGAAGAAAAACUUUUUUUCUUACCGGAUAACGGCAUGGUGUACGAGCGGGUCACCAGCGGGUAACAGACUGAGGAUAUCUCAUCACUCCGUGUGAAAUUUACAGUCAAAGAGGCUUAGCAUCCUUCCUCCUGAAAAUUAAUCCAAAAUGGAGCUUCUCUGGGUCUGUCUGUUUCUGGAGAUGAUCCUGAUGUCCUCUGCUGCCAGGGGUCCUCCCAGGGUGUCAGAGCGGGUGGCCCACCGGCAGAGCAUCCGCCUUGGUCGCACCAUGAAGCUGCCCUGCCCUGUGGAGGGCGACCCCCCGCCGCUCAUCAUGUGGACCAAAGACGGCCGCAACAUCCACAGUGGCUGGACACGGUUCAGGGUGUUACAGCAUGCUCUGCGAAUUAAAGAGGUGGAGACUGACGAUGCGGGAACUUACAUCUGUAAGGCCACCAACGGCUUUGGCAGCGUGAACAUCAACUACACUCUCAUCGUUAUAGAUGACUCCAGCUCAAGAGGUGGAGCAGGGACAGCCAAUGGUGACUCUGAACGUGCCCCAGAGCUGGCUGGGAAACUGGUACGUCCACGUUUUACUCAGCCUGCAAAGAUGAGGAAACGUGUGAUCGCUCGCCCGGUGGGCAGCUCUGUGCGUCUGAAGUGCACAGCGAGUGGUAACCCUCGCCCUGACAUCGUCUGGCUGAAGGACAGUCGGCCCCUGGUGGACGAGGACAGUGGAGCUGGAGGAGGAGGCGGAGGAGACGGGAAGAAGAAGAAAUGGACUCUAAGUCUGAAGAACCUGACGCCGGAGCACAGCGGGAAGUACACCUGCCACGUCUCCAACAGGGCAGGAGAGAUCAAUGCCACCUACAAAGUGGAAGUCAUACAACGUACCAACUCUAAACCCAUCUUGACUGGUACUCACCCUGUCAACACCACCGUGGACUACGGAGGAACCACGUCUUUCCAAUGUAAAGUCCACAGUGACGUCAAGCCUGUUAUCCAGUGGCUUAAAAGAGUCGAACCUGGUGAUGAGAACAAAUUUAACUCCACCAUAGAGGUUGGAGACCAUCGGUUUGUGGUCCUGCCAACAGGAGAGGUUUGGUCACGUCCUGAUGGAUCUUACCUCAACAAGCUGCUGAUAACCAGAGCCAAAGAGGAGGAUGCUGGCAUGUACAUCUGCCUGGGAGCCAAUACGAUGGGCUACAGCUUCAGGAGUGCUUACCUGACUGUCCUACCAGACCUGAAGCCCCAGAUACCCUCUGUUCCCUCAGCAACAUCCCCGAGCCUACCCUGGCCCGUCAUAAUCGGAAUACCCGCCGGUGUCGCCUUCAUCUUAGUCACCGCCCUCCUCUGGUUCUGCCAGUCAAAACGCACCUGCUCCUCUUCCUCCCCUUCUUCCUCCUCUGCACUGCCUGCAGCUCAGCGUCUACCCACGGCCAAUCGUGACCGAGCCUGCCCAACGCUGCCUCCUCAACCAGCCAGCGGGGAUAAAGAUUGUCUUUCGUAUGAGGACUACAUUGCCCAUCAGCAGCUGCUCCUGGCUCAGGGAGGAGCUGGAUUGGCUCCGAAGGUCUACCCGAAGAUCUACACAGAUAUUCACACACACACGCAUUCACACGUGGACGGGAAAGUGCACCAGCACCAGCACAUUCACUACCAGUGUUAGCAGCGAGGCUAGCAGCAAGCUUUGGUGUUUCACAGUCAACUCUUACAUGAACAUGUUCCUGUGCAUGCAGACUUAGCCACCACAGUCCACACUAACUGCUGACACUCAAAGCAAAGGACAAGGAAAGCCACAUGCAAGAGACCAUGCGGAUUCAUAUGCAGAAACAUGGGAUCACGCAUCUUCUUCAUUUUGCUGCAGCCAUACGUUGUGUGCAGAUGGACUUACUCACGAUACAAACAAUGAAGAAUGUAAAGAGAGAAGACAAAGAUCUUUAUUUUUAGCCAACCUGGGAGCCAGUCCUUCUCAAUCAGUGAGAGAAAAAUCCUAAAAUAUGUUUUAUUUGAGCCUCUUGUUGAAUAAAAUCUCCCCUGUAAAUGUAUAAAUCUCUCCCUUUUUGCUCAAAGGCCUUAUUUGAAGCAACAAUGAACUCAAAGCUUCAAAGUAACUUUACAACAACCCACCAAUUUAUUUGCCGCUGUUCUUUCAGUACUUUGGACACAGCCACACGCGCCUCAGUAACAGUACAAACACAGCUCGCUUACGCUACAAGGCUGCAUAUAUAGCUACUCAUGUAUAUAGUGGAAUAUGAUUAUAUGGCAUUUAGCAUGCUACUUCAUCCUGGGUAACCUAUAACGAACAAUAUAGCAAGUGUGUAAUGUAAUAGCUUAAUUUCAGAGUAUAUCUCAGGCGUCAGCCCAACUGAGCCAUAAGAACCACAACUCAAGACAAACGCCACUGUAUCCACACCCUGGGCAGAGAUGAGGGCUGCUGGUUUUUGCUUCUGCCUGGCCGACAGCUGUUCUGAUGAAUGUCCAGCUGCUGUCCGGGUGCUGCGUGAAAAAGAGCUGAUUUCAGCCUCUCUCUUAGCAGCAGCUAUGAUGUGAUUUUUGCUACAACCAAGGACCUCUUCCAGGCACCAGCUGCAUCAGUAAUCAAUAGAUCUCUUCCGACUCUGAUAAGUACAUCUACUGACAGUUUACUUCCUGCAGAAUGGUGGCAUUUCCUGCCUGUGUUGUCUCCUUUUCAGCUUUGUUUGAAGUGAGAGGGAUGAAGGAUAUCAGAUUUUUUCCAGAUUUCAUGGAUCACUGUUGAAUCUCUUGUCUCUUGUUUUAAUCUGAAAAGGCAAAGUUGUUGAUGAUAGCACCCUGGUAAAGACAAUGGAAAAUGUCAUAAUCAACAUCUAAAAUAUACUUUAAAGGUAAAGUAAUGGUAUACAGCUUGUAACUGAAUUGAAUAUCAGUAUUGUUAACAUUAGAUUUAGAGCCAUAUAUUGUUGAGAGUCUUUCAUGCAGAUGAAUGUUGAUCACUAUGCCAGUACCCACUGAGCUUCUGCAAGUAUAUAAAUGUACUUGUCUUGUUACUGUUCAAUGGUGGUAAAUUAUAAUAGUACUUUCAAGAAAGUAUCUGGGAUAUUUGAUUCUAUAUGUUUUGAUUCAGUCGUCUGGAGACUUACCACUAAUUUUACUAAAUACCUUAAAGAGAUUUUUAAAUAAUGAGAUUUUAACCCCAUGUUAAAUCCCCUACACACCUACAGUACACUGCCACAGGUGUUGUCUCCUGCUUUAUCUAGACCCCAAUGCAUCAGGAGAAAGAUGUCAGGGAUCCACAAAAACCCAGUGACCCAUAAACUUAUCUACAAACACUAAAAUCCAAAUUCUAAAGAUUACUUUUAAAACUGAAGUUAUAGAAGCAUGAAAAUCAGUUUUACUUUUUCAAAAUAGCUUACUGGAUUUUCCUCUUGGAAGAGUUUAGAGGUAUUCUGAUUACCACAUUUUCUAGUUUGUACACAGCCAUUUACAACAGACAUGCUCUUUCUCAGGUGUCCAACUUGUUGUUCCUGUGUGUGCUCAUGAAUCUGACCACUAAGUAAAAGCAGUGUAAAAUGAUAUGCUAAGAUAAGAUUUAGGUUUCAGCUGUUUUACAUUACAGCUCUCUCUGAAAGGCACACUCAGCCAUGUGUAUGGUUGAAGAAGUGGGGUGACUCUGUUAUGUUUAAACAUAAAAAGGUGGGGAAAUGUAGAAAUUUACUGUAUAUAUAUGUGAAAAAUGAAAGAAACAGUUUGCUCGUCAUGUAGUUGAUUGUGUUUGUACUGUAUUUAGUCAAUGUUUCCCUCAGCAGGCUUUCUUCAGGACAUCUAAAAACUACAAUGAGAACUUUACAAGGGUGUUUAAACAACCAUGUGACAGGAAGUGAUAUAUUUAAAUCACCUGGUAAACUCAGCUGCACGUGGUCGUUCUUCAGCAUAUACUUUUGCACAUAAAUCUUUCAACUUAAGUAGGAAAAUGUAUAAAUACAUUCAUAUGGAUAAAUCAUAUAUGACCUUUUUUUUUCUAAUCCUCACUGGUACAUUAACCUUGUCUAGAAAAGAACAGUGGGCCUGCAGACCAGAGCUUUGAAACCAACUUCUAACCAAGACUCCAGUCUAUUUAUAUAUUUUUAAGGUGCUUCAAGAAGAUUUAUAAUACCUGUGUUCUCUGUGCGAUCUCUCACUGAUGCCGCCUACAGAUAAUCUUGAUAUCAUCUGUUUUUACAAAAAUCUGUUCAGACGCUUAAGAUGUUCAGGCCCAAAUGAACAACAGGCAGCUCGUGUAUUUCAAACGCAGUAAGCCUCUGACAAUGUUGUCUUCUUUAUUCAUCCUUCCAGCAGGUUCCCACUAAAUCAAUACGUCGUGACUGCAAAGAAAAACCGUUCUUACUCUGCUGUCUAAAUUGUACAGCUCCAAAGGGAGACACGUGUUCAUUUAUAUGCCUCUCUCAACAGCUUUAAUUGAAAAUAGCGUUUGAAAUAUUGCAUUUGUUCUCUGCCUUUGAGAGGUUUUGAAAUGUCUGCUAACAGAGUCACCCUGAACAACAGCUGGGGUGUGUUAUUUCAUUGUGAAGUGUUUCCUCUGAUAUUGGAAGGGUGAAAAACUGUCCAGUAAAAUUUUCUCCACUGUUUUUUUUUCUCAUCUCACAUUAGAAACCCAUAGUUUUAUGUGUCAAAGCUAAUGGACUGCCAAUAAACAGACUGUAUAUAUGUGCACUUACCACUAGUAUGUACAUGAAAUGACAUUAGUGUUGAAAUUAUAGAACUUGUUAGGUAAUUUAGUAGGAAUGCUUUGGACCAUAAAGUAGCUCUAGCGACACAUUGGCCCAUAAAACAUUGUAAAUGCUAAAUUGUCUCAAAGUUCAAAAAGAAAGUGUGUUUCUAAUUUAUUUUCUUUUAAACAUGUUUGUUAUUUCAUAUAAUUGGGCAUUAUACUGCAUGAGUGGAUUUUGUGUUAUAGUCACAAUGUAAGCUAUGUAGCAAAUACCAUGUUCAUGUCAUUGUAAGAUACUGUAUUUAUACAUGCUGACGGAAUAUACAAAAAUUUAUCGAUAAUCUUUGUAUCGACAAUCUUGUACAGUCUAUCACCAUUUAGGAUUAAAAUUUGUUUCCUCCCAUUGUAAUCACGUUAUUGGUGCCAUUA